AUGUUUUCAAUCCCAUUCUUUCUCUUCCUCCCUGAGAUAUUCGCAAUCUAUCUAUCUAUCUGUUUCACCUUUUUGCGAUCUAUCUAUCAAUCAGCAUCUUUCAAUUUGUUCAUAUCUAUCUAUCUAUCUAUCUAUCUAUCUAUCUAUCUAUCUAUCUAUCCCAGUUUUUUUUUUCUUAUCUGUUUAUCUAUAGGUGGCAAAUUUUGCCACACCUGUUCUAUCUCUGUCUCUUCCCUAUCUAUCUAUCUAUCUAUCUAUCUAUCUAUCUAUCUAUCUAUCUAUGUCAGUCUCUUCAUUAUCUAUCUAUUUAUCUAUCUAGGUUCAUCAUUUUCUAUCUAUCUAUUUCAUGAUCUAUAUAUGUCUAUCUAUCCACCUAUUUCUGUCUCUUCACUAUCUAUCUAUCUAUCUAUCUAUCUAUCUAUCUAUCUAUCUAUCUAUCUAUCUGUCUGUCUCUCUGCUCAUGUCUGUCCAGCGAUCUCUCAGUCUGUUCAUAUCUAUCUAUCUAUCUAUCCAUCUAUCUAUCUAUCUAUCUAUCUAUCUCUCUUCAUUAUCUAUCUAUCUAUCUAUCUAUCUAUCUAUCUAUCUAUCUAUCUAUCUCAGUUUUCUUUAUUAUCUAUCUAUCUAUCUAUCUAUCUAUCUAUCUAUCUAUCUAUCUAUCUAUCUCAUCUAUCUCAGUCUCUUCAUUAUCUAUCUAUCUAUCUAUCUAUCUAUCUAUCUAUCUAUCUAUCUAGGUUCAUGAUUAUCUAUGUAUCUAUCUAUUUUCAUGAUCUAUAUAUCUGUCUGUCUGUUUGUCAGUUUAUCUAUCCACCUAUUUCUGUCUCUUCACUAUCUCUCUCUCUCUCUCUCUCUCUCUCUCUCUCUAUCUAUCUAUCUAUCUAUCUAUCGAAAUCCCUCCAUAUAGGAUAUAAAUCGAAAAAAACAACUUCUUUUCCUUUUAUUUUGCAGUUAUUCUUCCCUAAAUUUGCACAGUGCCAGUGGCAAUAUAUUCACAAAAGCCCAAAUGUUGUUUUUGUUUUGAUAUUGUCACUCUUUCUUUCUGUCUUUUUUCGUUAUAUCUCCGGAGUUUUCUUUCAUGGUAUUUGCUCACACUUUAUUUAUUUUGUUUGUUUCUUUCUUUCUUUCUUUCUUAAUAUCUAUGUACUCUUUCAUACCUACGUUUUUUCUUUCUUUCUUUCUUUCUUCGUUCUUUAUAUAAGCCGAGUAUUUCUUUUUAUUUCUCCAUAUUUCGCUAUUCUUUAUUUGUUCGUCUGUUUCUUUCGUAAUAUCUCCCAACUCUUCUUUCUAUCUUUUUUUCUUUUUUUUCCUUCUUUCUUUCUUACAUUCUUUCUUUCUUCGCAGUAUCUACCGAUUAUUUUUCUUUCUCCAUAA